AAGCUGGCAGCGUUACUAGCAGUGUAGUCUGAGGAAGGGCGCCAUGUUUGUUCCCCGGUCGUUAAGAGUUAAAGAGAUUAAUCUCACUCAUCAGUCGAAAAAGGCAAAGCUUUUUCAAAGAAGAGUUGACGUAAAGAACCUAAAUGUGAUAGAUGAAAGAGUGUCGGAGUUAGGUAACAGUUCCCUAGAAAAACAAGUGCUAAGUUCUAGCAUACUGACAACAACGCCACAUGUUUCAGUUCAAACAUCAAUACACAGUAAUUCAAAUGACGACAAAGACAUCGACACUGAAGAAGAAAUAGUUUCGUAUAGCAAAAAUCAGAGAUGGCCAGUAGCUGGAGAACCCGUCUGCGUAGUUUGCGGACGGUAUGGAGCAUAUAUUGUCGAUCAAACAGAUAACGAUGUGUGUAGUUUCCAGUGCAAAGCUAAACAUUUAAAGCGCAUCCAACGCGAAGAGGAAGCUAAAGAUAUGUUGGAUAAUAACACAACUCUGUGUUACGAAAGUUCAAACGAUGACUUUAUUGGAAGCUAUAUGAAAGACAAGGAAGAAUUUCAUUACAAAGAACAUCCUUUUGUUUCUGGUUUGUCAAUGCACCAAGUUGAGGAUAUUAGAGUGAAUCUCAACAUAAAAGUGAAAGGAGAAAAUGUUAGUAAACCAGUGCUUGAAUUUCGGCAUUGUCAGCUUGACGAAAUGUUGAGUACUAAUCUGUUUAAAUUUGGCUAUGCUACUCCAACACCAAUUCAAAUGCAAGUAAUUCCAGUGGCACUGAGUUUUCGUGAUGUACUGGCUUGUGCACAGACUGGGUCAGGAAAGACAGCUGCAUUUUUAGUUCCCAUGAUUCAAAGAGUUUAUUCUCUUGUUGGUAAGUAAGGCCUCAUUUCCAUUGCAAUCAAGAGUUCCAUUAUGGCAGCAAUGUUUGUUUUUGUAGAAUUGCCAUGACUGUCUAUUGUUAGACUUUUUCCGGUACAUUAUCUAAGUGUUUAUGUGGAAACCAGGCUCUCAACUGACACAGCUGCCUGGGUGUCUACAAAACAAAGACCAAAGACCGAAGACCCAAAACCAAAGACCAUUGAUUUAAAUUAAUUUUAGGUCCAUCAACACCAACGAGACAGUUUUUUUUGUUCUAUCAGAUGCCAAGAGACAUAAAAAGGAUAGGGUCUUCAUUUUGUAGUUUACCCUGGGUCAAACUACAAAAAAAAACCUUUUCUAAAAGGCUUUGUUAGGUACUGAGAGACAUGAAGAAGUUGGGGUCUUCGUUUCGUAGGUUAACCCGGGGCAAACUACAAAACAAAGACCUUUGCUAAAAUGCUUUGUCAGAUGCCGAGAGAUACGAAGAGGUUGGGGGUCUUCGUUUUGUUGUUUGACCUGGGGUCUUCUGUCUUUGGUCUUUGGUCUUCAGUCUUAAUUUUGUAGACACCUACAGCUGCCCAUUUGGAACCAUGCAUGGGUGCUUACCAUUUACACAAACCACACAGGUUCACAGCCCAUGUUUUCUGAACCUUCCUAAAUGAAAUGUCCCAACCAUUUGAUUUUCCAACCAGAAUUUCCAGAUUUUUCUGCAACAUCAUUAAUCUUAAUUGUCACUGAUAACUUUGGCAUCCAAAUUGCUCAAGGGGGAGCAAUGCCCAAAUGAUUGUGACUCAGACAAACAAAAAUUCAAGAAAAUAUUUAACCUUGACCAGAAAUUUUCAAGAAAAGUCUUGUUUCACUACUCACCUGUCAAGCCUUCAAAACAGGAUGCCUAUAAUGGGCAUGUAUUGAGCUGCAGUGGUCAAAUACAUACAUACAUACUUUAUUGUUGCCUCCCCAAGGGGUCUUUUCGGGAACAAUGAUUAUAUUACAUUAUUAAUUUUAUAAUAACCAGGGUUGUCACCAAGAUUUCGAGUUGCCGGGUAUUUGUUGUUAGUAGCCGGGGAAGUUGCAAGCAGUGAUGGAGUGAUACACUUAGGUCAUUAUAUGGUUAUCAAAUGUUAAGUUCGGAUCCCCAAUUACGCCAAGAUCUCUCGCUGAUUGCACUGGGGAAAUGUCCUUUCCCAACAAAGACAAAUGAAAUUCAUGGAGCGUAGAGGUCAUCUGUCGGCUCCCGAAAACAAUUAUUAAUUUUGUCGUCUAGAUUCAUUAGUAGCUGAUUUCCGAAGCACCAGUUGUGCACCUGAAGAAGAUCUUCAUUCAUUUCUUGGACAAUCUGUUGGGAGUGGUGCAAAUUAAAAGAAACAAACAGUUUUGUAUCGUCUACAUAACAUUCUAUAGAGCAAUGCCUUGGAACUUCUGGUAGAUCAUUUACGUAUGUGGUAAAUAAUAGGAGACCUAGAAUACUGCCUUAAGAAAAGCCACAUUCAACUGGAAGAGGAUCAGAAAUGGAACUAUGAAUUCGUACAACUUGAUAUCUAUUUGUGAGGUAGCUGUUAAACCAUUUUGUAUUUUACGUAACAAUAUUUGAUGGUCAAUGCUGCCGAACGCUUUACUCAUAUCUUAACGCAUGCAGGCAGUCAAUUUCUUAUCAUCAGUUCCUUUGAGAAAUGCAGCAGUUGUGUGAAUUAAAGAUGUCUCAGUAGAGAACCAUUUUUUGUUACCGCUUUGUUUUGUGGUAAGCCUUUCCUUGGUUGUCAAAUAGGUGACAACCUGAUUAUAAGCUGCUCUCUCACAAACCUUUAACAAUGCAGGUAGGACGGAAAACAGUCUGUUAUUGUUAGGAAGUUCGUGGUUGCCUUGUUUGGGAAUAGGUGUAAUUUUGGCAGUUUUCCAGAACUCUGGGAAUGUUGAAGCUAAAAGAGAAGCAUUGACGAUUGACGUAAUAAAAAAAGGGAGUGUGAUCAACAGGCUGUCCUUAAGGCAUUGCAUUGAUGACAUCCGGGACUUGUUUACAAUCAACAUAAUUAAAUGUAAAUUGCUCACUAGUAGGAAAACAUUUAGGAGUACCGGUAAAAGCGUUUUCAUGAAGAACAAAGUUGUGCUCUUUAGCCAAAGAUUCAAUUUUAGAAUUUUUUCUUAUUAACUUUCUCACUAAGUAGACCAGUGAAGCGGGAUUAUUAGUUCUGCAUGCUCUCUUGCACCAAUAGUCAGGGCUUCUGAUAUUUCACAGAAAAAAAGCAAAAUUUCGCGGGAUUUUCAGGGGCAAAUUCGCGGAAAAAUCGGCCGAUUUCGCGGGAUUUUUGCUGGAGAAAAGUCAAAAUUCGCCGGAAAAUCGUUUGAUUUCGCGGGAUUUUAGCGGAAAAAAUUCAAAUUUUGAAGGAUUUUCAAGGGCAAAUUCUUAGAAAAAUCAGCUGAUUUCACAGGAAAUUUCGGGGGGAAACUUCGCCAAGAAACAAUCAGUAAAAAACAGCCGAUUUCGCUGGUUUUUUUUGGCAAAUUUUGCUUAAAAUCGGUCAAUUCUGCGUCGAUAUGACCAGCGUUGUUUAACGUUGUUUUGGGACGUUGUUUACUCGUUGCAGUGACGAAGUUUCAAGAUAAAUUUGGACGUUUGGGGUGAAUAAAACAGGUCUAAUGGCCAAUAUAAGUAUUAAAUAUGUUUUGCUGACAAGUAUUCGGAAAUAUUUCUUGUGGAUUUCGCGGUAUUUCGUGUUUUGGGGGGAAUUUCGCAUGAUUUCUUAGAAAUACCUGAAUUUCGCGGGUCCGCGACCGCGCGAAAUAUCAGAAGCCCUGAAUAGUUCUAGAUUUCAUAAGCUCACGUGUUUCCUCAGUUAUGCAAGGAUUUUGCUUUCCAUGAACCUUAAUUGAUCUGAUCGGAGCAUGGUGGUCAAGAAUCUCAUUGAAAAGAAGAUCGAAUGCAUGUAAUUUGUCGUUGAUGUGGUCGAAUAUUUCCAAGACAGACCAAGGAGCGAAAGACAUGUGAUACUGAAAUGUGUCAGGAUUAUAGUAUAAUAUAGUAUUAUAGUAUAGUAUCUGUAUAACUACAGAUUUUCAUUUCACUACAGAUUUUCAUUUGGCAAACUACAGAUUUUCAUUUCACAAACUACAGAUUUUCAUUUCACAAACUACAGAUUUUCAUUUCGUUUCGUUUUGUUUCGCUCCAUUUCGUUUCGCAAACUACAGUAAGCCCGCGCACACGUACUGAGAUAUAACUGAAAUAUAACACUAUGCAAUAAAUAAGUAAUGUAAGGAUACGAUGGUGCAAUUCAAGCCUGGAUUGCUAAUCUCAUCUCCCGCAGGGCUGCACCAUACUUCUUGACGAUAAGACCAUGGCGACUGAAGAAUUUAUUAAAUGAUUUCUGAAGUAGAUUGGUUUCAAAGCCUUGCUGUCUGAGUCGUAAUGAAAGUCCAUUGAUGAAGUCAACUUUGGACCUGCAAAUUCUAGCAUAUCUCACCAGUUGAGAUAUAUAAACACCGUAAGCUGGAUUGCUGGGAAUGUUGCUGUCCAUAUGAGGAAAGUUGACAAUCCGAAAUGCAAAGUCCUCUCUGUUAUCGUAGAUGCUGAUACGGAAAGGUGUGUUGUCACUAGUCUUUAUAUUAGUGUCGAGAUAACACACUUCAGUAGAUGAUGUGGAAGUGUCCGUAAGUUCCAAUGUAAUUUCCAAAGUCCACAUUGUUAGCACUGAAUAAAUCGUUGAUGUACCGAAAGGUGUUACUGAAUUGGAUGGCUUUUGUAAUAUCCUGUUUCAUUGUUUUGACCAUGAAAUCAUACUCGAAGGUGUGAAGGAAGAGAUCAGCCAAUAAAGGUGCACUGUUGGUGCCCACUGGGAUACCAAUAACCUGCCGGAAAACAGAGCUUCCAAAACGAACGUAGAUGUUGUCGAUAAGAAAGUCAAUAGUGAGACAAAGCUCUCUUCUGUUGUAAUUUGAUGUCAAAUACAUCCUCCAAUGUUGUGGCAUGGGUCUGUAUUAUAUCAUCCACUGUACGAUCCUGAGUUACAUAUGUAGAAUUACGAUUUGUUCUUGAAUUUAUGCCAAGCUCUUCCAUUAGAGUAUGUACGUAAUAAUACUUACAAACAAAAAUGAUGUUGUUGCCGGCUUUAUCUGCAGGAACCAGUACAUAUUUACUUUGAAGGUCUGUCAAGUAUGCCUUGAUAUGCGGGUCUUCUAAGAUUUUGUGACAAGGACAAAAACUUCGAUGUUCUAAAUUGUUUAUCCUGUUGCUGAUGAUAAGUUUUACCGUCCCCGACCAUGCCUGCAGAGCUGACACGUGGCAUCCCUCUCGUUUACUCCAAUUCCUGGCGUAAUCAUCUACCGCGUUUGUCAAUAUCUUCUUGUUAAUGUGCCAAUCGAUAUUAUUCUGCUCCCUGUACUGUGGACCCCUCUCUAGUAGUCGUCUAAGUUUUCUGUUUCUUACGAUUCGUAGAUCCCCGGUAAUGACAUGACCAUGGGGCGCAUAACGAAAAGUUGAAGAUUGGCAGUUGCACAACGAAGAUGCAUUGCGAGAAUCAUCGAGAUUAAUAUUACGAGGGGUUUGAUUAUAAUUGAACACACUCCUGGAAAUAGUAUUAGUAUACUUAUAACUCACCAUUGGUGGAUCCUUUUCCUGAAAAUAAAUUGGUAUUUUAGAUCUAACUAGUUUGUUAUGUAAAAUGCUAGUAAGCUUAACUUUAUCUAUCCCUUUGUUCUGGACAAGGACUUUGAUGAAGCGUCAUGGAGGUUUAGCUGUGGAGUAAGUACCUGUCCAUAGGGGAAAAAAUAAUCUUUUGCAACACAUAUCCAAAACUAUGCUCCUGAAACGCUGUUCCUGAUUGGCGACUAUUAGCCGUUCACAUUCAUCAAGUAGUUUAUGUAAAUUUGAUAACCGGGCGCUAUGAAGAGUAGUUCGAAGACGAUGUAGGCCACCAUGACUCUGACCUCCAUUGUACAGAUUGCGAAGUUGGUCCAAUGUGAUUUCCGAGUUGCGUCUGGAGUUACUUCGCCAUCCAUGGCUCCAUUUACAGCGUUGAUGACGAUUAAAAAGAUUAAACACAUUGUUCCUGUAUCAAACAUAGGAAUGUGAGAAGUCGGUUGUAUUUAUGAGCAAGCUUACGAUUUGUUUUUCAUUUUCAUGGGCGUAUUAUUGUUGACAGAAUUAACGCCAUUUCAGUGUUUGUGAAUGCAAUAUUGUACACAAGUCAAACUUUCAACCACAAAAUUAAGGCAAAACGAAGAUGGUAAAUAAAAUAAAAACUCUAAAUUCUGAAAUGAUUAUAAUGUAUACCUCCUGCUUUUGAAGCGAAACCAAGUUCAAGUUACUGUUUUUCCACUGACUGAUGGGAUGUGAUUCGCAAUAAUGGCCGUAAUGUUUGGUCAAAUUGACACCAUUUUAGCAUGACCACUAUCAUCAACAUGCCACACCUUCAACCACAAGAUUAAGGGAAAAUAAAAAGAAGAAUAAAAACUCUAGAUUCUAAAAUGGUUAGAAUGUAUAACUUGUGCUUCCGUCAAGCAAAAUUGCCACUAUACUGUUCUUCCAUCGACUGAUCCUUACUAUGUUCUCUUUGAACUCUGUGUAGACAUCAAGCUCGUCAUCCUCACCUCUGUCCCUGGCGCCAAAACGUCCAGGUUGCAGAGCCGCUCAUAGUCGCUUGUAUCUCUGCUGAAGAAGCUCUGGCUAUCUGAGUCAUUUCCACCAUGGAUUACCCAGCCAAUGGUCGUUUCUUCCACAAUUGGUUCUCCCGGCUGUCCCUCGUAUCUUUCUUCUGUUCUUAUUUGACAGUAGGUACUCCUAAAAUCACGUGUAUAGGAUACUCGUCUCCAAUCUGUUUGUAAAACCUCUUGUCUUUGGUAUGCUUAUACUGCUCCUUUAACCUGUUUAUAUCCGGUCUUUGCACGGUUGUGAAGUCUUGCAGUUUUGUUCCAGUUACCUGAAUCUUCUCACUCGCUUUACCAUCUAGUGACUCAAUUAAGAGGUUAAAGAUAGGCAUAGACUGUUUCUUUGAGCCAUUUAUGGUGAGAAUAUCUCGUACUUCGUGACGUUCAGCUUUGAGUUUUAACCUUUUGGCCACUUCGCUUGUAAUGAAAUUCCUCCCAGUUCCAGUGUCCAGGUAUGCCCAAAAUGUUUUGCCUUUUAUCUUUACAGGUAUUAUGGAUGGCAAUGACCAUUCAUCGGCUGAAGGAGAAUAGCUUGUUAACACAGUUCCGUUGUCACCGGGUGGUCUAUUCUUAUUCUUCUCACAAAGACUUGUAUGAUGCUUUGACUUGCACUUGAAACAUACUCGGCUUCGACAUUGCUUCCCCCAGUGUCCUGCGCGGCCACAAGAAUUUGAAACACAAUUUCUUUUCUUGGAAGAACUGUCUUCUUGCUUCUAUUGUGUUAAUGACUUCGCAUGUGUCUCCCCAAUGCUUUCCCUCACAAAAGAUACAGACUGGGUCUCUCUUUUCCUUAUCAUAUCAAUGCUUCUCUCUUUUUGGUCGUACACCUCCACUGUCUCCGGGUGCAUCAUCUACUUUGUGUCUCUUCAACCACUGCUGAAGGUUGUUUAUCAAGGACUCCAUAUCCCAGUUCUCCCAAUAUUCGUCCGUUUGCACAAUAUCGAGCCUCACUUGCGGUACUUUGUUAAGAGUGGACAUCACAAACCCCCUAAGCAUUUGGGCUUCACCAAUGCAUUGUCAGCAACACAUUGUAGUUUCUGGUCACGCUCUCGUUAAAUUCCUGAAUCUUCAAGUAAUUGGAUCCUUUGAUGACAGGAAGGUUCACUAUUUCUUCUACUUGUGUAUUCUCAACAAGUUUUCUCUGGCCAUACUCAGAUUUCAGUCUUUCCCAGGCUAUCUUGUAGCCAAUUUCACCAGGCUUCAGGUUUGCUAUCUUUGCUCGUACGUUUAAUUUGGAUUGACCAUUUCAAACAGAUAGCCGAAUUUUUCUUCUGUGCUGACCGAUUUGUUGUGGACUUGUGUGAUAAGCAUGUUCUCGAAUCUCACCCAUGGCGGGCGAUCAUUUGAACAGUGUUAUUAUCAAUUUGGGUAGUUUUGCUGUGGUUGAACGGGCUUGUUUCUCCAGUUCCAGCCAUUUAUGCGUCGCCUCUAAUUCUGCAUCAAUUUUCUCCUGCCACAUACAUCGUUCGCGCUCUUCUUGUCACAAACGCAACUCAGUUAAAUGGUGCUCCUCUUCUCGCUGUUGUUCUUGUUUGGUUUCAAAUCGUUUUCUUUCCAUUUCCUUGUCUAUUUCCUCUUGUCUGUUGUUUAAGAACUUUGCAAGCUUUUCUUUGUCCACAAGAAAUGUGGAAUACCUGGCCUUUACGUCCUUCUUCCAUUGUCUCACUAAUCAAGGAGAUACACCAUGAUCUAUUUUCAAUUCCUCUGCUUGCGAAAUAAGAUUUGAUAACUUGCCUAUGAUUUUCCCCUCUCGUCUGUUGGCAAUAUCCCUUUCCGUGUAAUCCCUUAGCUUAAUUAGCUCGUCCGUUUCGUCCAGAAAGUACUUGAAUUUGUGUAUUUCCUUGUCUAUUUCUUUUUCUAGUUGUUGUUCAUCCUCACAACUGCACCACGUGUCUGUGUUUUCCUUGCCAUCGCCCAUAUUUUCCAAUGUGUAAUAACCAGUUGAAGUCCGCAGUAUCCUGGUCUCGGCACCACUUUUUGCACCAAACUUGUGGGGCACAAAAUAGCUCGCUCAAAUCAUAAAUCCUUCUUUUAUUUAAAUCACAAUCCGCUCGUACAUUUCCUCUCUGACAGAUCUCAACAAAAGGUAAAUUUGCACUAGUCUCUUUUUCAGCUACUCUGAUUUCAUAUGUCAAUCAAAAAAGGGUAACAUUAAUACGAUACUAAAAGAGUCACAUCCUGUUUAAGUAAGUGUCACAACAUUUCCGGUCAUGUUCUGGUCAAAGCGAACAUAUGAAGAAUAGGAAUCAAUAGUCUUUUUUUAAAGUUUCUUUGUCAAGCAUUGUUGUGCAAAAGCAAAAAAAUUGAACCCUAGCUCGCUGGAAUUAAACAGAAUGCUGGCGCUACAAAAUAGUCCAAAAUAAAGAUUCAUAACUCCAAAAUCUCAUCAAAUCUUGACUUACCUCGUUCCUUGGUAUUUAUUGUACUCUUUUCAAGUUUGAAUUUCUGUGUUGGCGAUAUCAAGCACAUAAAGACAACCAAAAACAGGCUUGAUAGCAUUAGAGGAAACCCUUUGCAUUAUCCACUUGAUAGAGAUUUAUCCAUGUGCUAAGCAUUAUUCCAGGGGAAGGUUUACUCCAGACUCCAAGUGAUCAAAUGUAUGUAAUCAAAUGGAGGAAAAACAACAAAACCAAAAAAAUCUGCGGGCCUUCGGGAUAAAAGGCUUGUCUUCGUUCCUGGACACUAGUUUGAAUAAAUGCUAUAGGGGGUAAUUGAGCGCUCUUCUCUUGAUGAAUGUGAAUACAAAGUGAUGUCAAAACAAAGUAGGCUUUAAGCAUUUUUUUGUGCAACAGCACAAAGAAGAAACUGCUGAAACGUCCACUGCAAAUGAUGAAGCUGGGCCAAAGAAUGAUCAAUUGAGAGAACCGAAAAUUGAAAUUGCCAAAGCAAAACGUUCUACAGAGCUGGCUAGAGAAGUACAAAUGGCCGCAUUUCGAUCCACCAAAGAGUAUGUUCUGUUCACUUUGUGAAAAAUCAAAUGUCAAGUCAAUCUCACGUGAAUAAACCUAUUUUACUUUUGCUCUAGAUAACGACUGUAUGUAUGUGCAAUGCACUCUUGAACAUUGCAUUCGUUGAUAACAUAACACCUGGUACAAUAGAAUAGAAAAAUAUAGUGACCCCCCCCCCCAAAAAAAAAAAGGCGAAAUGUCCCUUUUUUUUAGUCUGAGUCAAUUUACUACACCAAAAGGCAAUUCCUGUUAUGAUAAAGCUGGGUGUGCAAUUAAAAUGAUGAGCAAUUAUAUCAAAUAGACAAAAUGAAGCAAUUUUUUGGGCACACGCCUCAACGCUUUUGCACAAGUCUUCAGCCUGAGCUCCUCUCCUAAAAUGAUCCCUGGAUGUGUGGGUCUGCUUUGUCAAUUUCCCCUAAUCACAUCAUUGCCUGCCCGAAUGAAGCAGGUAGCAUAGAUUAUUUUGCCUUGAGCAGAUUUCAAACAGCAGACACAAAAGUAUUGUUUGUGAAGGUGUACAAUACUUUUUGGUAGCUUUUUAAGCUUAAAACCUUGAAAUAUUUGCAGCAAAAAGGGUUCGGAAAGUUGGUAAACGGUGAGAAUCCUAUUGUAAUUAGGCCAUCCAGAUCUGAAAUAUCAAUUAUUUUUCAGUGUGCAUUGAUGGUUGUUGACAGACAUUGCAAAAGAUGUCAUGAAAGAUAUUAAUCAUCGUGGAUAAUUUGUAUGAAGGGUUUAGUUUUAUCGUUUGUCUCAUGAUUGUCACUUUGAUGUUGAUCGCGACGUUUUUCAGUGCACAUUACAGGUCUUCAACAGGCGAUAGUAUCAAUUUGCUGAGUCGGACUAUUUGUACCAUCGUGGUUGUUAGUGAUUGGUGUAUCACAAACCUCGCUCAUGGUUGAUGGGUUUUAUCCAAAGCAUUCUUGGUAUUGUGAGAGGAAGAAACUGAUCCCUCAGUAGUCCAUAAAACUAAAACCUUUAUAUAUUGCAAAAGAUAUUAAAAUGGACUUAAAAGUCCAUUUCUAUUGUAAUUUCACCUCUAACAUCAAUAAUGCAAGAUCAGUGAAAGUACCCUAAAUCAGUAGGCAUUGCUGUUGAGUUUAUUGGCUAAAACCGCUACAUCUCAAAAUAAUGAUAAAAAUUGCCAUCAAUGCAUGCUAUACACUUGACAGACAUGAGUUAAAUCAUGCUAAGAAAACACUCUUUGUCCUCCAAAUGUUUCUGCUUAUCUUCUUCCAAACAUUGAUACAGUGUCUGUUACAGUGGUUUGUUGAUUGUGAAUUAAACUGAGAAUUUAAAAUUUUGUAGCAGGCAGGUUUGGGCAAGAAAAUGUUACAGGCUUACUACAUGGUAUAAACAUGGGAUUAAUAAAUACCAUGCAAAAAAGUUGGUUUUGUUCCAAGUCUGUUUCUAAUAUUUUUUAUCUGAAAUUUCCCACCCCCUCCCCAUGACCCCAUAGCAGGGGGAAUAGGACAAGGAAUGCUUUUGGGAAAUCCGUCCACCAUUACAUGAUUAAAAGUAAAAUUCAUAAAAGCAAAUGUUGAUGUUGAUACUACAUGAGAGACUUCAGUUAAUCUUUUAAGCAGUUCCCAUGUUUAGAAUUGGGGACUGGGUUGAUUUUUGGUUAUUGGGGGUCCUUGGUCUCUGAUAUUGGCAAGGAGACUGCAAAAGAAAGUCUCCAGAUGUCAGCUCUCCAGGGGUUGGCAUCUUUGCUUUUGUAUGUUCGGAACUUAGAAUGAUGUAAUUGGUACAUGAGAUACAAAAACCAGUAUAACUCUUGACUGGAAAAAAAAAAACAUUUUGAGUUAGGAGGGUUACUUUUAUUCCUGUGGACAUUAAAAACUACAUUGUUCUUUUCUUCUGCCAGAUUCAUCCUUUCAGAGUAAAACAUCAUGCAACAUGAAUAAUCCACUUGGCCUGAUUAUUGCUCCAACAAGAGAACUCUGUAUGCAGAUAGAGAAACAGGCUAAAGAACUAAUGCAAGGCUUGCAGAGCAUGAAGACAGCACUACUUGUUGGUGGCCUGCCUAUUCCUCCCCAGCUUUACCGCCUCCAGACAGGAGUACAGAUUAUUGUUGCUACUCCAGGGAGGCUUUACGAGCUCCUUAGCCAAUCCAGUGUUGACCUUUCGUUUAUCAAGCUCUUUGUGUUGGAUGAAGUUGAUACCAUGCUGCAAUUAGGAUUUCAGCACCAAGUAAUGUUGUUGUUACUAACCUAUUUUCAGUUUUAAAAAAGUCAUCAAUUGAACAUAGAGGCUUUUCCAGACUUGCCAACCCCUAAGAGGCAAAAAAUCGUGAUAUUCUUAACCUAGAGCUGCCAAAACUAGUGGGAACUGGGAAAAAGUGUAAGCACUUACAGCAGGGAGUUUGGGUAUUACAAGUCCCAUAUUUUUAAAGCUACAUCAGUAAACGUCAAAAUGACAAAGAUAUGUUGGCUGAAGAAUGUAAACAAUGCACCGAGUUGGCAAUUCACACCUUUACUAAUCAAACGCGACUGCUAGGCAUUUUCUUUAGACUGAGUUUGCUAUGGACCCUAGGGAUGGUCCAAAAAAAUUUUUGGAGUAUGACUUUCGCGAAAGUGUGAGAAAUCAGAGAGAGCAUGAGAUAGGUUGUUAAAUCGUGAGGCUUGCAACAAAGUCGUGAGACGUGGCAAGUCUGCUUUUCACAUGACGUCACAUCUGCCAUUUUGUGUCCCAAAACAGUAAAACAGUGGCCAUGUUGGUGUGGUAAACCAGUCCUUUGAGAGUUGAACUCUUGUCGUAUGUAAACAUUUUAUUUUGUAUCAAUUCAUUUGCAUAACUGUUGGCCACAUGAGGGAAAAUGCUCCAUACUUAAUACAAAUGUAUUCAUUUGUUUAUUUACUGCCCGCUAUGCCCGCUGACAUGAAGGGCAGCAACAAAGGUCCUCCACUCCUUUCUGUUCUAGGCCAGCUUCCGGAUGGUACCCCAGGUGUGGUUAAGGGUCUUCAUCUCUCCCUUUACCGUUCAUUGCCAGUUGUUCUUUGGUCUGCCUCUCUUGCGCUUCCCUUUUGGUGCCCAAUCCACCUCCACCUGCUCCUCAUGAUGAUGGUCUCCAUCCUGUCCCGACCACAACGAGCAAACAGUAAACUGUUGUUCAUUUGAGAUGGUGUACGUUGGACCAGAAGAUUCUCAGGAUUCUCCGCAGGCUCUUUGUGUUGAAAAUGGAGAGCUUGCUGUGCUCGCUGGAAGUCAUCCUUAAAACACUUUAGGCCAUAUAACAGGGUAGAAAGUACACAGCUCUGGUACACCUUCAGCUUUGUCUUUGUGCGGUACGCUGGACCUCCAAAAAUGGUUGAGCAUUCUGAAGAUAUUUCUGGCCUUGCUAAGAUGGUUUUUAACGUUGUUGACUGCUCCUCUAUCACAUCUAACAGUUCUGGCCUGAGUAGGUAAACUGCUCAGUCCUUGGUAGAUCUUCUCCAUUCACCUGCACCGGUGGGAGUUUGGGAUGUUCAAUGUCAUCACCUGUCUUCUUCUGGCUGAUAUUCAGGCCUAUCUGCUGAGCGUAUGUGUUAAGGCGAGAUGUCUCCUCCUGGAUGUGUUGGUGGGUGUGGGAGACCAGAGCCAGGUUAUCAGCCAAGUCCAGGUCUUCAAGAGCUCUUAAGAGGGUCCAUCCUAUGCCUCUUGUCCGAUCUUCUGUUGUUCGUCGCAUCACCCAGUCAAUAGGGAACUUACGAAACUACGACGGCGACGGCAAUGGCAACGUCAAAAAGCAAUAGGUUUAGUUAGCAAAACAACAACUCUGCACGUGCAUCACGCUUUUUUGUACAUUUCUUUGCUGUCCUUGCGCUACUACCGCAUGAGAUGACCAAAUUUUAAGUUUUUUUGAGGACGGGAACAGCAACUGAUAAAUUCUACCAUCUGUGUCUGAACUCGGGUGCGGACCCCUCUCUUCAGCUCCAGCACAAAUUCCCUUCUUUUAAGUAGCUGGGCGACUUGGGAUAAUCGCAAAGUGGUUUGAAAGGAUGUCUAUUUUUCAGCGAAGUUUUCAUGGACGUCCCUGUUGUCGGAUCAUAAGGUCCCUAAUGGUGAUGUUGAACAGGACAGUUGACAUCACACAGCCUUUCCUCUCUCCAGUCUGCAUUUGGAAACUGUGGUCGUUGUUUCCUUCUGUGCAAGUGAAAUUGUUGUGAAAGCUCUUGAUGAGAAGGACAACUUGGACAACUUGGAGUAUGCGACAAAGGCUGUCCCUGUGUAUGCUGUUAAAAGUUGAUGUAGAACUGUCUCUGCCGUUCCGUGCACUGCUCGAUGAUGAUGAUGACAUCAGCUUCUGCUGUUUGUGGUAGCCUGUUCGGGACUUCACUGAUGUGUUCUGCCCAGCCAGUGUCUAUCUCUGCUUCUGAUGUUAGCAAUCAUCCCGGAUUGUCUCUAACUGGUGUAUUGGUAGGUCCAUGAUACUUGCCGCAGCCUACCUUUGUGAUCUUAUACAUCUUCCCUUGCUCUCCUUUGCUGGAUGCGUCUUCUGCCUGCCUUCCAAGGUCAUCUAUGAACGCUCGUUUGUCUGCUGUUGCCAAUUUCUUCACUUUUCUGUCUGCCUCUUGGCACUGUUGCUUGUGCCUUUCUUUAAGCUUCUCGGAAUUGGCCUCAAUGAACUGUUUCUUCAAGUGUCACCAAGUUUCUGCUGGGAUUCAUUCCUUCUUCCUUUCUCUUGUACCCAAGCCAGCUUUACUAGUCUGGAGGAGUGCUGUUUUGACUUCCUCCUUCUUGAUGGUCACUUCUUCCUGAUCAGAAUGCGUGUAGUCCUCCAAAUCUGCCAGGGCUUGAAACUUUUUCUUCAGAUGCAGAACAAAGGUACUUCUAACUUUAGGGUUUUGUAUUUUCUCCACGUCAAACCGCUGCUUUCAGGGUCUUUUAUCCCAUGUUUUCCUCAGCUUCACUCUCAAUUCUGCCACAACCAUAUCGUGAUCACUGCCAAUGUCAGCUCCCCUCUUCUCUCUGACCUACAUAACUGACCGCUGCCAGGUACCGUUGAUCAUGAAGUGGUCUAUCUGUUUUUUAUCCCUUUUGUUGGGAGAUUACCAUGUCAGCUUGUGGAUAUCUUUGUGUGGAAAGAGUGUUCCUCCGAUGAAGAGGUCGUAAAUUGUGCAGAGUUCCACCAGCCACUCUCCAUUCUCAUUAAUGGUACCACAGCCCUCUCUUCCUACGGCUCUCUCGUAGUUGGUGUUAUCUCUUCCAACCUUUGCAUUCAUGUCCCCCAUCACAAUGUUCAUGUCAUGCCUUGGUAUUUCUUCUAACUCGGCUUGCAACAGAUCAUAAAAAUAUUAAUGUGUUUUCACUUCUUCAUCAUUGUUAUUCGUAUGAGCAUAACACUGUUUGAUCGUCAUAUUGAUCUGCUUCCAUCUCACCCUGAUCUUUCAUAAGUCUGCUGUUGACAGGUUUCCACUCCAUCAAGCAAUUGCCUGUACCUUUCCUGAGGGUGAUGGCCACCGCUUAAUUUUGUUGGUUGUCAUCUCUUCCUAAGUUUUGAACUGUCUCUCCUGUAUUAGUUCGGAGUCUUUUCCAGACCCCAUCCAUCUACUCUCAAUAAAUCUUAGGAUAUGCGGAUUGUAGUGUCUCAUCUCUUAUGUUACUUGACCAAGCCUACCGAUCUUAUUCAUUGUCCUCAGAUUCCAAAAUCCUAUCCUGGUCUCGGAUUUGGUGCUUAGGACAGUUUCCAUCUUCCUAUCAGCUUUCACCACUUUCUUUCAUCCAAGUAUCUUCCGAUAACUCUGGAAGCCCAUUACAACCAGUUGUUUUGGUUCCUUCUGUUGCUCCUUUCGUAAUAAAAGACUUUUUAUGGGACUGGAUUGUUAGUCCAGUGCCCAAACCCCAACCAGGAGGUACAGUGGAUCACUUUUCGUCUGACCUCUACUCUUCGACCUGCCCAGCAUGGGUGGCCCAGCCACUCUCUCCAGGUCACUGAGGUACACAAGCCCUCUGACCACUGACAACAGGGUAAUAAUCCUCCAGGGAGACUUAAUACAAAUGUAAGGCAAAAAAUAGGAUAGCUGUUUUUAGGUGAUUUUCGAGAAAAAUAAGCUCUUUGAACCUUUUUUUACAAAAAUUUUACCACUUCUUCUGUGAGAAUAACGGACAAUUUAAAAAAGCCAUGCAAGCAAGAUGAAAUAUUUUCGUGGUGUACGUAUAGGCAAAUAGUUCUUUUCUUUGUUAACUGCUGCUAAUGUUUUCAUGACAGGUUCAAUCAAUUUUGAGGAACUUACCUGAAGUGAAACAAACCUUAAUGUUUUCAGCCACAAUUCCUCCGUCAAUUGAAAGGAUGGCUUCCCGGCUUCUUAUAAAUCCGGUGUGCAUCUCUGCUGGGUUGCCAAGUGCCCCUAAUGAUUCUGUUAAACAGAUUGUGCUAUGGGUAGAAGACAAGUCCAAAAAGAAACGCCUUUUCUCAAUUCUUCUGGACUCCAAACAUUUCAGGCCUCCAGUUGUUGUGUUUGUGGAUUCCAAGAUGGGUGCUGAUCUGCUUGCAGAGGCAAUACAUGAGGUACGUCAGUCAGAAUAAACAAAAGAAUCUAUAUUGGAUAUAUGUUUGUUGAACAAAAGAUUCUAUUCAACUUUUGAUUUAGGCCUAAUAAUAAUAAUGUAUUUCUAGCGCGUUACAUUAAUUUUAAUCUCAAUGCUUUUACAAAAAAUAAAAUACGUCAGAAAAUUACAAAUAAAUUCAAGAAUAAAAGUAAUAUUACAAUUCUAAUUUAAACAAGAAUCGCCGAAAGGCGAUUUUUAACUGGGCUGUCAAGGGGCUAUUUUUUGUGAAGGGAGGGGGCGGCUAUACACACUCAGGCUACCAUAAAACCUUGUCGGCAACCAUUGCAUGCGACAGAACCUCAUGUGAGACUGAAACAUAAACUCAUUCAGAACAUUUUACCCUUUUGAAAGACUUUUGUAUCCAAGAGUACCAUUUUUAAGUGGGGGCUGUAUAAAUUAAAUUCCACCAUUAUGAAUAAAAAUAUACAAGUUAGCCAUUAAUUCUAAGCAUGAAACAAUUUGCAUUAUUUCCACGUACCCCUCCCCCAAUACCUCUGUGCCCCAAAAUAUAGCGUGACAGUAUAACGUGACUAAUUUGACGUAACUGGAAAUUCCAAAAAUUGUUGUCGUUCUACGAGCAUAAAAUGCGACAGACUGAGCUGAUUUACACUAGACAGAAAUAAUAGGGACCUUAAGAUACCCUGGACGCGGCGGUAAAGGGAACGGAGAAAGCCUGGAGCGAGGACGCCGCCACCUUCGCGGGAAAAACAAAUUAAGAUUGAGCAGGUUGGGUGGAGCGGCUCGCCUGACGAGAGAGGAUAAAGUAAUGCUUUCGUGUUUUAAUUCCAUGACGUCUUUUAGAAAAACUCGUGAAGUCUUGCUUGAUUGAUGCCUUAACGAUCUUUUAUUGGAAGAAAAAUUUGUGCUGCCGGCUAUGACUCCAGUUUCUCUAAAAACAAAACCAAAUUUCUUCGAGGGAAACUUGAGGGUAUGAUCGGAGUCAGGUUAUCAGCUAUUUGUUGCCAGACUUUUUCGCUUUCCGUUGUUCUAGAUCUUGCUUUAAAACGAUAUGGUUCUGUUAUGAGAACUUCCCGUACUAAGGCGAGAUUUUGAUCUUCAGACCGCUCCAUCGCUGAACUGAAAGUGAACAAAAUAAAAUUAUAAAAGUUAAUAGAUUAACCAUGGCGUCUUGUUCAAGAUCUCAAUUUUCUCCGAUAUGUUCAAGUUUAUUACAAGCCUAGAUUUUUGUUUUCCAACAAUUUUUAUUCGACUUCUCGUCUCUUAAAUUUUUCAAAUACUAUCCUAAAGCGAGAACGUUGUCCCCUUAAAAACAAGCAGUUAUAGUGUUACAUUUGUGUCGAAAGACUCAGCGCUUUCAUUCUCAGUAAAAGGCACUGAACCCAAAAGGCUUGAUAGCAAAAAAAUAAGAGUCGAUCUUGAGAGAACACCACACUAAAAACACUUAAAUGUGUCUCUUGAAGUAAAAUGGAUCGAAAAUCCUGUACGGAAAGGAAUUUCUGCACUGAAAACAAGAAAACCAACUCAGCAUUUUACGAGGCGGCCAAACUUCUAGUUUUCACCGUCUCGACUUCAGGUC